AAGUGAGAUCAGGGGAUGUAUGGCUGCAUCAUUCAUCACAGGGAUCAAUAGCAGGAUAUCACAUUAAACCUGUCUGGCCAGCUCACUGUUAUGUCCGUGCAUCCCACUGUUUUCUCCUACUGUGAACCACCGUCCACCUAAAUCCCUUCUUGUUCAUUUUUCUGGUCCCAUCUGUCCUUUCCCACGUGUAUCAACUUCAUCGCAACUUAUCCCGCUCCCUCCCCUCUCAUUCUCUUUAUCUUCCUCUCUUUUAAUCACGCUGACUUUACAGUAUCGCUUUGUCAUCUGUGUUUUGUCAUCUUCUGCCUGUAUUAUUACAUCACAUUCAUCUUUGCUUUCCAUCUAAACCUGGCAUCUCAUCACCUUUUAAAACCACCCUAAAGCAUCUGUCCUGCCCUCUCGGCUCCAUCUGUGACUGCAGUCGUACCUUCUGUCCUGUUUGUCCUAUACCCACGUGUCACAUCCCCCCCUCUCUCUUUCUCUCUCUGGCCUCCCCCUGCCUCCCUUCUUCUCCUGUGUGGCCAUGCUGGAGCGUAUGUCCCGUCGCUCUCGCUCCCUGCUCUCCCUGACCUUGACCACUCUGGCUCUGGCCCUCUCCAUCUUGGCUCUCUGCACCUCUUACUGGUGUGAGGGCACCCACAAGGUGGUCAAACCUCUCUGCCUGUCGCCUGUCAAAAUGAAGAACUGUGGGCAGAACAACAGCGAGCCUUACACCACAGAGAGUCCCACUCAGAACCCCUUCAACCGCACACUGUCUCCAGCCAGGAGGGACGAGCUGGCCAAGAUCAAACAAAGGCAGCUGGCCAACGCGGUACACUACAUCUGGGAGACGGGAGAAGACAAGUUUGCUUUUAGAUAUUUCCACACAGGUUUCUGGGAAAGCUGUGAGAAACACAACGAUGGGGAGAAAUGUCGAAGCUUUAUAGAUCUAACGCCUGGAGAAACACAAGGUGUGCUCUGGCUGUCAGUUAUUUCAGAGUUCACAUACAUCGGUCUGCUGGGGAUGGGCUUCUUGCUGAUGUGGUUGGAAGUCUUAUGUUCCCAUAAAGAGAUGCACUCGCUAAAAAUCAAUGCUUAUGCCGCUAUCUGUACUGUGCUAUCAGGUCUUCUUGGGAUGGUAGCCCAUAUGAUGUACACCACAGUGUUUCAGAUGACAGUCAUUGUGGGCCCCAAAGACUGGAGGCCUCAAACCUGGGACUACGGCUGGUCAUUCGCUCUCGCCUGGGUGUCCUUCAGUUGCUGUAUGGGUGCCGCUGUGGUCACACUCAACUCCUACACGAAGACCAUCAUUGAGCUCCGUCGCAGACAGAGGCUCCGUUUGGAUGAAGCAAGAGCCGCCACUCAUGCUCCUUCCUAUGACGAGGUUGUCCCAGGUGGCGGGCUCUACUCUGUCAGUGGCCUGUUGCAGUGUCCAGGUGGCAUGAUUGAUGUAGCGUGGGCCCCAAAUGGCAGCGUGGUUGGAGUGGGAAAUGGGGAUGUACCGACACUGGUUUUAGUAGGAGGUUGUGGGCCAGAGGGGUGUGAAGACUGUGAGAGAGAGAUAGAUCAGAUGGAUGAAGCAAUGGACCAAGUUGAUUCACCUUGUUAGGGGAUCAUAAAUAUCCGUCAACUGAAAGAGCUGAAAGACUGUCGCUGCGCUGGAGAAGGAUCAACGUGAACAAACACAUCCUGGUCUUCUUUUCUUCCACUUUGACUUUCAGUGAAGUUGGGACAAAACUUCUUCCGCUUGUACGCCACGUAUCAAAGACUACAAUGUAUGUAUAGGUCACACUGACAUGCAUGUUUUCUAGGUAUUCCUCAGUGCCUCGUGGUAGGAAAGUAAACGCAUGUCUGUAUAUGUAAAUGCAUAGAAAUGCAUAUAUUAUUUCAUUGUUUAUAUAUUAACAUGCAAUGUAUCAGGACGACAGUUAUAAACUGGAUGGAUUGUGUUCUCCUGUUGAUACCUAAACAGAACAGCCUGUCCUUUAGAGUAAAUGUACAAUAUAUUCUCAUUUAUUUGAGCAGGACAUCAAACAGCAUGCUCGUCUCUCGCUUGUGACAAACUUAUGACAGAUACAGCAUUUUGAUGCAUUGCAUGUAGCUACGACAAGCUCUCUCUCUCUCUUUCUGCAGAUGCACAAACAAACCCAUAAGAUAGACGCAUCGAGAUAGAAAGAUUACAGAGAUUUUGAAAAGUCUGCUCUCUGAUGUUGAACAGAAGAUUAUGUGUAAACCAGUAAUCCCAAGUUGGACGGAAAGAAGGAGGAACAGAGUGAGGAGAGAUGGUAGGCAUGAAAGUCUGUAUGAAAGUUGGAAAGAAAUGCAGAGACAAACAAUCUGCCCAGCGAGAACACUUUCAGGGAAACGUUUGUUUUUAAACAUUCUGAUAUUUAAUGUGCUUAAAUGAAUUUCUAAAGCUAAAUAAUUGUAUCUACAUUUACCUUAAAUGUCUGGGAUAAUCCUGGAUUUGCUGUCUGGAUAAAUACAAUUGAGAAGU